GUCCAGCAGCUCUAUCAGCUUUCUUCAGUUUCAAGUGCACCAUCAUGACUUUUUUUGGUUUUACUGUUAUUGCUUUCGCUACUUUGGCAAUAGUUUCUGCCUUUCAGAACCCUACUUCUCCUAUUCGUCAAGAAGUUCGAAUUCAACCUCCUCAGCCGUAUGAAUUUGCAUAUAAAACAGCAGAUGAUAAAGGAACCAAACAACAUCGUACAGAGGCUGCUGAUUCCAGUGGUACAGUGACAGGUAGCUACGGAUAUGUAGAUCCUUUUGGAAUGUACAGAAGAGUAGAAUAUGUAGCUGAUGUUAACGGUUACAGAGCUACAGUCCAUAGCAACGAACCUGGUAUGACAUCUAAUGGUGCGGCAAGUGCUGCAUAUUUUGCUGAAGUUCCACCGCCAGCUAUUGUUGCUCAAGGACUGGCUUAUCUUUCUCCAGUUCAAAGUGCUAAAUUGUGAGUUUGAUCCCCAGUCAAGUUCAGUUUCUACCACAAGAAACUGUUGCUCAAGAACUAGCAUCCUAUAAAGGAUGCUAUAAACUGUGAUAUCCAUUGAAAUUGAACUUUCUUCAGCAAUUAUUUUUGUCUAUGAACUUGCUUAACUUUAGUCUGUAUUCAUGGAAUGCUACUUUUGAGAGAAGAGCCAGUGAGUUUAAUAUCAUGUGAAAUUCAGUUUCCGAUUAGUAUAAUGUAAGACCUAUGGAACCUAGUUGCUCUCUUCCAAUACUGACGAAAUUUUUUUCUUAUACAUUGAACACCCUUCCCAGACCUUUUUGUGAUUUUCCGUUCUUCCUGUGUUAAAAUAAAUUCUGUGUUCAGCAAUUAGC